AUGCGCAACCUGAGGUGUGUGCGGAACGCCGUCCGCAGAGUCCCCGCCGACGCCCUGCCGCUCACUGCAACCGCAUGGGACACGUCCGCGGACUCGCUAAUCUGCACCUUUGGCCCGUCUGAGUCAAGUGCCGUCAUCGAGCUCAAGCGCCUGCAAGACGACGCCAGCACCGCCCCGGAUGCCUUCUCCCUGAUCGCCUCCUGGGACGCCCCGUGCCCGCUGCCCGAGCUGGCCUGCGACUGCGUCGUGAGUCUGCAGUAUUUCCCCGACACGCUGACGGCAUGCCUGGUGCUCGCCGGCGGCGACAUCGUCAUUGUCCGCGAGGAGCCGCUGCACGGCGAGGACAUGAUUGAAAUCGUCGGCUCCGUCGAUGCUGGCAUCACCGCCGCCGCUUGGUCGCCCGACGAAGAGCUGCUGGCCAUCACCACCCGCGCCAACACCCUGCUGUACAUGACCCGCGACUUUGAGAAUGUCUCCAACAUCUCCUUCACCCCGGACGACAUCCGCGCCUCGAACCACGUGUCUGUCGGAUGGGGCAAGGCCGAGACCCAGUUCAAGGGCAAGCGGGCCAAGGCUCUCCGCGACCCUACUAUGCCCGAGAAGGUCGACCAGGGUCUGCUGAGCCCCCUCGAUGACCAGAGCGUCACCCUCACUUGGAGAGGAGACGGCGCCUAUCUUGCCGUGAACUCUGUCGAGUCGGACGAGAGGCGCAUGGUCCGCGUGUAUUCGAGAGAAGGAGCGCUUGACAGCGUGAGCGAGCCGGUCGACUAUCUCGAGGGCGCCCUUAGCUGGAGGCCGGCAGGUAACAUCAUCGCCGGAGUGCAGCGCCGCGAUGACCGCAUCGAUGUCGUGUUCUUCGAGCGUAACGGACUGCGCCACGGUGAGUUCAGCCUCAGGCUGACGCCCGACGAGAUGAACAGCUGGGGCAGCAACAUCUCGCUUGCUUGGAACACCGACUCCACUGCUCUCACUGUAUGCUUCAAAGACAGAGUCCAGAUCUGGACCAUGGGCAACUAUCACUACUACCUCAAGCAGGAGAUCCGGCUCAGUGAGGACUUGAACUCGACUUCUGCUGUGCAGCCUCGGUGGAACCCUGAAAAGGCACUGAGGCUGGCACUUUCUACGCCGUAUGUUUCGGAAACUCUUGAAUAUGUCUUCUCUGUGGCAGCUUCUUCCGCGGUGCAGCCCGACGAUUUCGGCACAGUUGCGGUCAUCGAUGGCAGAACGCUGAGGGUGACGCCUCUGCGGCUCGCAAACGUUCCCCCUCCAAUGGCUCUGCAUGAAGUGCUGCUUGAGAGCAACGCCAUUGACGUGGCGAUCAACUCCGCGAGCACACUCAUUGCUGCCUUGCACGAAAAUGAAGUCUGCGUGUACAAAUACAGCAUAUCAAGUAAAGAAGCACAAGACCCGGUCCUUGAGACUCGCUAUACCAUCGAAGAUCCCACAGCCAGGCCUCGUCAAGUUGCGUUCCGGGGCGAUUCCGAGAUUUUCGUCCUUCUUGACAACGACGAUAUUGGCGAAAGCGUUGUCUUCUACAAGACCCUGGACCAGGAGGGCUUCACCAUGAUUCCAAUGGACUCUCCACGAUUGCAUACCGUCGUGGCUUCUGUUGAUUACAGCAAGCUCCUUACCAUGGAUGAGGGUGGCUCGGUGUCUUGCAUUGACUCAGAGGUUCUGGAUGGGCCUUCCCCUGUCUCUAAAUUCCCGACCAGGCCGGCGUGGGUUGAGGUGGUGUCACACGACGACGAGGAUAUUGCGUUCGGCCUGACAGCAAACGGAUCACUGUAUGCCAACGGAAGACUGCUGGUGAAAAACUGCACGUCUUUUAGAGUGACUCCGGCACAUCUUGUCUUCACCACAACACAACAUCUUCUCAAAUUCGUGCAUCUCGCCUCUGUUGAAGAACUCGAGGUCCCUCCUGACGAGCCGGAAAAGGACGAGCGUUGCCGCAGCGUUGAGCGAGGUGCUCGUCUGGUCUCAGUGAUGCCCACGUCUUACUCGGUUGUCCUACAGAUGCCCAGAGGGAAUCUCGAGACCAUCUUCCCCCGAGCCUUGGUCGUCGCAGGAAUCCGCAAGAGCAUUGCCGAGAAGAAGUACAAGAGAGCUUUCAUGGCUUGUCGUAACCAACGAGUUGACAUGAACAUUCUCCAUGACCACAUGCCGGACCAAUUCAUGGCCAACACUCAGCUCCUCCUCGACCAGCUCAAGAAGUUCACGCACGUCGAUUUAUUCCUCUCCCAAUUACGGAAUGAAGACGUGACGCAGACCAUGUACAAGGAGACCGUGAAGAGGCCAAACGGCGGUGCCGUGACAAGUGGUGCUUCAAGCAAUGAAUCAAGCUUCGACGUCUCCACCAAGGUCAACAGGAUUUGUGACGCUUUCCUCGCGGUUCUCCAGAAGCGCACGGAGACGAAUCUUCAGAACAUCGUCACGGCAAACGUCUGCAAGACUCCCCCCGACCUUGAGGGCGGACUUGGCGUCGUCGCGAAGCUCAGGGAGCAGGACACCAGCCUGGCCGAGAGGGCAGCCGAGCACAUUUGCUUCCUCGCGGACGUCAACCAGCUAUAUGACCACGCGCUGGGCAUGUACAACCUCGACGUCGCGCUGCUCAUUGCUCAGCAGUCGCAAAAAGACCCGAGGGAAUAUCUGCCGUACCUGCAGAGCCUUCAGGAGAUGGAGUUGCUCCGCCGCCGAUUCACCAUCGACGACAACCUCGGCAGGCGGACGAAGGCGAUCGCGCACCUGCACGAGCUGGAUGCGUUCGACGAGCUUAAGGCGUACGCGGAGAAGCACGAGCUGUACAGCGACGCCAUCGCGCUGCACAAGUACCAGCCUGACCGGCUGAACGAUAUCAUGAGGCUCUAUGCGGCGUAUCUCGACAGCCGGAACAGGUACAAAGAGGCGGGCAUCGCAUUCGAAUACCUCUCCGACUUCGCCUCCGCCACCACCGCCUACCGCGCCGCCAACAUGUGGCGCGAAUCCCUCUCCUGCGCCACCUCUGUCCCCCUCCCCGCCGACGAGCUCCGCUCCCUCGCCGAAAGCCUCGCGUCCGGCCUCGCCGAGACGAAGGAAUUCGCCGCGUCCGCCACCAUCCAGCUCGACUACCUCUCCGACCUCGAGGGCGCGGCGCGCACGCUGUGCAAGGGCUACCACUUCGCCGAGGCGCUGCGCGUCGUCGGCAUGCGCGGCCGGCCCGACCUCGUGGACCAGGUCGUCGACCCGGGCCUCGUCGAGGGCUCGGCCAGCAUGACGGAGCUGCUGGCCGACUGCAAGGGCCAGCUGGCGGCGCAGGUGCCGCGGCUGCGCGAGCUGCGGGUCAAGAAGAAGGAAGACCCGCUCGCCUUCUUCGACGGCGGUGGUGCCGGCACCGCAGGCGCUGCGGACUUGAUCCCGGACGACGUCUCCCUCGCGCCGACGGACGCGACGACGUCGGCCGGCACGUUCAUGACGCGCUACACCAACCGCAGCGGCUCGACGCUCAACACGGCGACGACGCGCAAGACGAGCAAGAACCGCCGGCGGGAGGAGCGCAAGCGCGCGCGCGGCAAGAAGGGCAGCGUCUACGAGGAGGAGUACCUGGUCAAUUCCAUCGGCCGGCUGAUCGAGCGCGUCAAUCAGAUCAACGGCGAGGUGGGGAGGCUGGUCGAGGGGCUGAUGAGGAGGGGGAUGAGGGAGCGGGCGGGGGCAGUGGAGGGCGCGAUGGGGGAGGUGGUGGGGGCGUGUGGGGGGUGUGUGGGGGAGGUUUGGGGGCUGGGGGACCGUCAGGAGGAGGAGGGGAAGGAUAAAGUGGAGGGCGAGGUGCAGAUGACGGGGGCGGAUGGGGUUUAUUGGGAUGCGGUGAUGGCGGAGGGGAGGAAGAAGGAGGCCCCGGUCGUGAAGGCGUUUGAGGGGUUGUCGUUGGUGGGGUGA